AUGGUCUAUUACUAUACCAGUAAUGUGGUGAAUCCACCGGCAUUCAUAUACACGGGCAAGGAUAAGGAAGAGAAUGAUCAGUUGAUUAAGCAUGGAUGGGAAGAAGAUGUAUGGUAUGGCUUAGCUGAUUCAUACAUGGGUUCAACUAUCCUAUUUCAUGUUCAUCCGCAUUCGAGUGGCCACGUAUACCUUCGACUUCAAGAGGGACAGCAAUGGGAUAAUAUUCCCGAUGAACUUCUGAAUGAUUUAGGACAAUUGGUCAAGGAGAGUAGUAUAAUUGGUAGAAAAGAGAAAAAUGUCAUGGUCCAAUAUACGCCCUGGUCAAACUUAUUGAAGACCGGUGAAAUGGCGACUGGUGAAGUGAGCUUUCAUAACCAUAAAUUGGUUAGAAAAAUGACGGUGAGCAAGAAAGACAACAUGAUCAUCAAAAGGUUAGAAAAAACGAAGGUGGAGCGUUUUCCCGAUCUUGCUGGUGAGAAGUUGACCAUGGAAAAAGAAAAACGAAAGAAAACAAGAGAAGCGGCAAAUGUCAAGAAACGAGAGGAAGAUCGCCUGGAACAGGAACGAAAGGAACAAGCAGCCAAAAGUUCUUACGAUUCAAUUUUCAGUGAAACAAAUAUGCGUAGCAAUUCUUAUGGUUCCGCCGAUGGUGAUUUAGAAGAUGAUUUUAUGUGA